CUCCGCAUCGCGUCCCGCGGUGCCAACAGGCCGCUCCUGGCGCCGGCCACACUGCUUCGAUUUCAGAGCACCCUGGUAAUAGCUGAGCACGCAAACGACGCCAUAGCACCCAUCACCUUACACACCAUCACGGCAGCCUCACGCCUGGGAGGGGAAGUGUCCUGCUUAAUAGCUGGAACCAAAUGUGACAAGGUGGCCCAAGAUCUCUGCAAAGUAGCAGGUGUAGCAAAGGUUCUGGUGGCUCAGAGUGAUGCGUACAAGGGCCUUCUCCCAGAGGAACUGACACCAUUGGUUUUGGCAACUCAGAAGCAGUUCAGUUACACGCACAUCUGUGCCGGAGCGUCUGCCUUCGGGAAGAACCUUUUGCCCAGAAUCGCAGCCAAACUUGAUGUUGCCCCAAUUUCUGACAUCAUUGCAAUCAAGUCACCUGACACAUUUGUGAGAACUAUUUAUGCAGGAAACGCGUUAUGUACAGUGAAGUGUGACGAAAAGGUGAAGGUGUUUUCUGUCCGAGGAACAGCUUUUGAAGCGGCAGCAACAAGUGGAGGCGGUGCCAGUUCUGAGAAGGCGUCCAGCGGUUCCCCGGUGGGGAUAUCAGAAUGGCUCGACCAGAAGUUAACCAAAAGUGACCGACCAGAGCUAACUGGCGCCAAAGUGGUGGUGUCCGGCGGAACCAUCGGCUUAAACAAUGACCAUUUCCCCGUAGUUGGCGCUUCUCGUGCUGCUGUGGAUGCCGGCUUUGUUCCCAACGACAUGCAGGUUGGACAGACGGGAAAGAUAGUAGCACCGGAACUGUAUAUUGCUGUGGGAAUAUCUGGAGCCAUCCAGCAUUUAGCUGGGAUGAAAGACAGCAAGACAAUUGUGGCCAUUAACAAAGACCCUGAGGCCCCCAUCUUCCAGGUGGCAGACUAUGGGAUCGUCGCCGACCUGUUCAAGGUAGUUCCUGAAAUGACUGAGCUAUUAAAGAAAAAAUGAGUCAUGAUCAUGUGUUCAGAAGAAAAAUUAUGAGUAUUCCGCUGAAAUUACAGUCAUGGCUAUUGUAACAAUCGCUGGAAAGCUGCACUUCAUAACUCGCGGGGAAAUCCUAACAGGUGCCAGAACGCUUUCUUAUGGGGGUUUUAUGUUUCUUUUUAACUGUGGUUCCAAACAAUUAUUUUUGAAAUUUUCUAAUUCUGUAAUAAAAUAUAAUAAAGUCUUUCCACAGCUUUAAACUACUACCAGAAAUAUCCUCACUUCGUAAAGAGAGAGAGAAAAUUGAAAAAAGGCAGUAAAAAUCAAUUUUUUUCUUUG